UUGCGCUGGGAGGCCCCAGGUCUGUGAGCGGUGGAGCAGCUGCUGCCCAGCCAGCGCGGAUCCGGACGCAGGUGGACCAUGUGGACGCUGGUGAGCUUGGUGGCCGUAGUGACAGGGCUGGUGGCUGGAACGCAGUGCCCAGAUGGUCAGCACUGCCCUGUGGCCUGCUGCUUGGACCCAGGAGGAGCCAGCUACAGCUGCUGCAAUCCCGUGCCGGACAAAUGGCCGACAGCACGUAGCAGACGUCUGGGCAGACCCUGCCGGGUUGACGCCCAUUGCUCUCCUGGCUACUCCUGCCUCCUCACUGCCUUGGGGACCUCCAGCUGCUGCCCGUUCCCAGAGGCCGUGUCAUGCGGGGAUGGCCGCCACUGCUGCCCCCGGGGCUUCCACUGCAGUGCUGACGGGCAGUCCUGCUUCCGAAGAUCAGACACCAACCCCUUGGGUGCCGUCCAGUGCCCCGAUAGCCAGUUCGAGUGCCCCAACUCCUCCACGUGCUGCGCUAUGCUUGAUGGCUCCUGGGGAUGCUGCCCCAUGCCCCAGGCUUCUUGCUGCGAAGACAAGGUGCACUGCUGUCCCCAUGGUACCUCCUGUGACCUGGCUCAUGCCCGCUGCCUCACAGCCACGGGCGCCCGCCCCCUGGCAAAGAAGAUCCCCGCGCGAAGGACUAACAGAACAGGGGUCAUGUGCCCAGACGGCCAGUCCCAGUGCCCUGACGGUUCUACCUGCUGUGAGCUGCCUAGUGGGAAGUAUGGCUGCUGCCCGAUGCCUAAUGCCAUCUGCUGCUCUGACCACCUGCACUGCUGCCCUGAGGACACUGUGUGCGACCUGGUGCUGAGUAAGUGCCUCUCCAAGGAGAAUGCUACGGACCUGCUCACCAAGCUGCCGGCACUCACAGUGCAGGAGGUGAAGUGCGACAUGGAGGUGAGCUGCCCAGAUGACUACACCUGCUGCCGCCUGCAGUCAGGGGCCUGGGGCUGCUGCCCUUUUGUCCAGGCUGUAUGCUGUGAGGACCACGUACACUGCUGCCCAGCCGGGUUUAAGUGUAACACAGAGAAGGGUGCCUGUGAGGAGGAAGCCCGCCAGCUGCCCUGGGUGGAGCAGGCCCCGGCCCACCUCAGCCUGCCAGGCCCCCGAGCCACGGAGAGUGAUAUCCCCUGCGAUAACACCACCAGCUGCCCUUCCUCCUAUACCUGCUGUCGACUCCAGUCUGGAGAAUGGGGCUGCUGUCCGGCCCCAGAGGCUGUCUGCUGCUCGGACCACCAGCACUGCUGCCCCCAGGGCUACACGUGCUUGGCUGGGGGGCAGUGUCAGAGGGGGAACAAGGUGGUGGCUGGACUGGAGAAGAUGCCUGCCCACCGGACUUCCUUGUCCCAGCCCAGAGACAUGGGCUGUGACCAGCACACCAGCUGCCCAGUGGGGCAGACCUGCUGCCCAAGCCUGAGUGGGAGCUGGGCCUGCUGCCAGUUGCCCCAUGCCGUGUGCUGUGAGGACCGCCAGCAUUGCUGCCCGGCUGGGUACACCUGCAAUGUGAAGGCCCGAACCUGCGAGAAGGAGGUGGACUCUGCCCACCACGCUGCCCACCUAACCCUCAGCCCCACUGUGGGUGCGGGGGACGUGUUGUGUGGGAAGGGGCACUUCUGCCACAAUAACCAGACCUGCUGCCGGGACAGCCGCGGGGGCUGGGCCUGCUGCCCCUACCUACUGGGCACCUGCUGUGCAGAUCAGCGUCACUGCUGUCCCACUGGCUUCCGCUGUUCGGCCAAGGGCACCAAGUGUUUACGCAGGGAGACCCUGCGCUGGGACACUCGUUGAGGGACCCAGCCCAAGACAGCUGCUGUGAGGAGAGAUUGAGGACUGAGGACACUCUAGCCCUCGGGACCCUGCUCAGAGGGCAGCCACUGCUCAGGCCUCCCCAGCAGUUCCCCUAGACUGCCCCACUGUUCUGAGUCCUCCCAUCACCGUGAGAGGUGGGGCCUCAAUCUAAGGCCUUCCCUAUAGAUGGGGGGUUGUGGCAAAAUCACAUUACAUGAUGCCAUCCCCUCCCUCAGUUUCCGUGGACCCUGUGGCCAGGUGCUCCCCCCUAUCCACAGGUGUGUGUAUGCGUGUGUAUGUAUGUGCUCCAAUAAAGUUUG